CCGCUGCCUCGUGGACCGACAUCCCGUGACCCGCCUCCGCGGAACAACAAUGAUGCGCAUAAGCCUCGGUUCAUUGAAGCAGAGCUGAGCAGCUCAGCCGGUUUGAUUGCAAGUGACUGGCUUUCUCCACGUUGCCCCAGAUUCUUAUAAGACCAGGGGUUCAGUUCUUCGUAUCUUCAGUCUCCUCAAAACUCUUUCCCUUUUUUCUUGGAGAUACCACUUAGCGCAUCCCAUUUCUGUAUAUUCGACUCCCGUUGACGUCAUUAUGUCUUCCGCCCAGCAACGUCUGUCUCAGGUGGCCUCCCACUUUGGCCCUGGUGGCAAGAAGGGAGUCUCCGCCAUCACGGAGAAGCACCCCGAUGAUAUCGUCGUGACCUGCGCUCUGCGUACGGCUCUUACAAAGGGUGGAAAAGGUGGUUUCAAGGACACCGCUGCCGCUGACCUGCUGGCCGGUGUCUUUAAGGGAGUUAUCGACCGCAGCGGCAUUGACCCCAGUCAGGUCAACGACAUCGCUGUCGGCUCCGUCCUUGCCCCAGGUGGUGGUGCGACGGAAUUCCGUGCUGCCGCCCUGGUGGCGGGCUUCCCUGAAUCUACUGCUGUUAAGAGUCUGAACCGUCAGUGCUCCAGCGGUCUUCAGGCGAUCGUGGAUAUUGCCAAUGCCGUGAAAUCGGGCAUGAUCGAUGUUGGUAUUGGUGCUGGUGUCGAGAGCAUGUCGUCUCAAUACGGCCCGGGUGCCGUGACCGAGUUCUCCGAGCUUCUUGAGGCUCACCCCGAGUCGGCCAACUGCAAGGUUCCCAUGGGUGUUCUGUCCGAGCAGAUGGCCAAGGACCGCAACGUCACUCGUGCAGCCCAGGACUCUUUCGCCGCCGCCUCAUACCAGAAGGCCGUCAAGGCCCAGAAAGCCGGUCUCUUCAACGAGGAGAUCAUCCCUCUGGAAGUCAAGUGGACGGACCCCAAAUCCGGUGAAGAGAAGACCAUCACCGUCAAGGCCGACGACGGCAUCCGCGACGGCAUCACCCCCGAGUCGCUGGGCAAGAUCCGGCCUGCCUUUGCCAAGGACGGAUCCAUCCACGCCGGAAACGCCUCCCAGAUCUCCGACGGUGCUGCCGCCGUGCUGCUGAUGAAGCGCUCCACGGCCGAGCGCCUGGGACAGAAGAUCAUCGGCAAGUACGUCGCUGCUAGCGUCGUCGGUGUUAAGCCCCUGCUCAUGGGUAUCGGCCCCUGGAAGGCCAUCCCCGUGGCCUUGGAGAAGGCCGGCAUUACCAAGGACGACGUGGACAUCUACGAGAUCAACGAGGCGUUCGCCUCGCAGUGCGUCUGGUGCAUCAACGAGCUGGGUCUGCCACAGGAGAAGAUCAACCCCAAGGGUGGUGCAAUUGCCUUUGGCCACCCUCUCGGCUGCACGGGUUCGCGCCAGAUUAGCACCCUGCUGACGGAGCUGAAGCGGACGAACAAGAAGAUCGGCGUCAGCAGCAUGUGCGUGGGCACAGGUAUGGGUAUGGCGGCCGUUUGGGUUGCGGAGUAAAGCAAAAAAGGCUGUGUAACUUACUUAGAUUGAUGAUUUUGUUUUGUCUCUAGCGAUGUAUCUAAUUCUCGUUAUACUUCAAGCUGGUCUUCACACCACUAUACCAACCUAACUGUAUACAAAUUGAACCUACCG